AUGGCAUUAGGAAAAGCGACGGCACCAGGAAAAGUGACGACACCAGAAAAAGAGAUCAGAAUCAAUACCACCAGAAAAAGUGAUGACACCAAGAAAAACGAUGACACCAAGAAAAGCGAUGACACCAGAAAAGCAACAACACCAGAAAAAGUGACGACACCAGGAAAAGUGACGACAUCAGAAAAAGAGAUCAGAAUCAAUGCCACCAGAAAAGUGACAACACCAAGAAAAACGACGACACCAGAAAAAGCAACGACACCAGAAAAAGCAACAACAUCAGGAAAAGCACGACAACAGGAAAAGCAACAACACCAGAAAAAGAGAUCAGAAUCAAUGCUACCAGAAAAAAGAUUAGAAUCAAUGCCACCAGAAAAAGCGACGACACCAAGAAAAAUGACGACACCAGGAAAAACGACAGCACCAGGAAAAACGACGGCACCAGGAAAAAUGACAACAUCAGGAAAAGAGAUCAGAAUCAACGCACCAGAAAAAAUGACAACAUCAGAAAAAACAAUGGCACCAGGAAAAGCGACGACACCAGAAAAGCGAUAG